AGUGGACUGAAACUCGUCUGACAACUUCAAGGCGACGCGGUUGGCAGCACUGUUUUCGUUCUUAUCAGCGCCGGGGAUAUCGGGUCACUGAUUACAUUCCGUAUAAAUCGGCCCGUCACUCCGUUACAAGAUGGCAACCACCACAGUGGCUCGUCUUCUGUUCAGUCGCGCUCCACAAAUCACACGAAAUGUGCGCCAAGUCGGACCAACGAUCAAAUUCUACUCGAGUCAAGUCACGAAUUACGAGUACAUCAAGGUUGACACAGCCGGAGAAAAGAAGAACGUCGGGGUCAUCACCUUGAACAGACCGAAAGCGCUGAACGCUCUUUGCGACAAGUUAAUGACCGAAGUCAAUGACGCGGUCAGACAAUUCGAGACCGACGAGAACGUUGGCGCAGUUGUCAUAACCGGAAGCGAAAAGGCCUUUGCCGCCGGGGCGGAUAUCAAGGAGAUGCGCGACAACACCUACGCUCAGACAAUCAAGGGCAAUUUCUUGACUCAUUGGAAUGGCAUUACCCUGGCAAAGAAACCGAUUAUUGCCGCAGUCAAUGGUUAUGCCCUGGGUGGAGGCUGCGAACUGGCUAUGAUGUGUGAUAUCAUUUAUGCCGGCGACAAAGCUAAGUUUGGCCAACCUGAAAUAGCGAUCGGUACUAUUCCUGGUGCUGGUGGUACUCAACGAUUGACUAGAGCGAUCGGCAAGAGUAAAGCAAUGGAGUUAGUACUUACUGGAAACCAAUUAACUGCACAAGACGCUGAAAAAAGCGGUUUGGUGAGUAAAGUUCUUCCGGCCGAUCAGCUGGUCCCAGAGGCGAUCAAGCUGGGAGAGAAGAUUGCGUCUCACUCGCAGCUUAUUGUCGCCAUGGCAAAGGAAUCAGUCAAUACUGCUUUCGAGACGACGCUGCAGGAAGGUCUUCACUUCGAAAAAAGAAUGUUCCAUGGAACAUUCGCUACGGAGGACCGUAAAGAAGGCAUGAGUGCUUUCGUCGAGAAACGUCCACCAAAUUUCAGGAAUCAGUGAAUACUAACACUUAAACGCCCACAAACGAUCAACGGCGUCUUCCCAAGUAACACGAUCUAUUUUUUAUACGAGAAUUAAUAUCAGAUAUAGGCUUGUUUAUCCUUUAGUAAAUACGUUAAGAGAAAACUUUGCCCCCGUUUCUACCGACUAUGUUAUGUACCAACGGGGGCGAAGCACGAUAUUAAAAGACAUACGUGAUGGAAAGUUUUA